CUCCAAAUUCCUCCCCCCCUCGCUCUGCCUUUUUUUCCAUGUACUGAAGCGAAGUCGAGUCCCAACCUCUUCACCACCAGCACCAGCAGCAGCACCGUUUGACGCCCACCCACCUGAUUUCUUCGAAUCGGUCCGCAUUAUAAAUCCACCUCCCGACCCCCGACCCCCGACCCACGAAUCCCCGUCCCUCGUUUUCUUUGACCCCUUCUCCCCUCCUCUGAUUCCAGCUCUCGUCUCGUUUGUCUGGGCAUAGGCAGGCACAGCUGUUGGAGAGGAACUGGAACUGGAACUGGAACUGGAAGGAGCUCAAUCUCUCUCCCGCCUAUCUGGGUUCGCUCUUGGGCCUGGGCUGGGGUGGGAGUGAGAGCGAGAGCGAGAGCGCCUCCGUGUUUGUGCGCGCAUCCAGCUUGAAAAUGCGGACCACCUGGAAAUCCUCCCGAGCCCUGCGCCCGAUCCGCGCGCUGCCGCCGGCUUGAUGGGAUCGAUGAGGACUGCGCCCCUGCAGCUCUCCCGCGUGUUUGACUUCGGCCGCCUUCCAUGGAGGUGACGGUCCGGCGGAGGAGCUCUCUAGCCGUGCCCUGGCUCGUCGCCGAUCUCCGAUUCGCCAUCGUCCUUGUCGAGAUUGUACUGUUUUUGCUGUGUUCGGAAGCUGUAAAUGCUAGUAUUGCUGAGAAACCCCACCAAUGGCAUGACCCUGGAGAAGGAAGUGAAAAGAUUGUCUCACAUUCAUGCAUCCAUGACCAAAUACUUGAACAAAGGAGACGGCCUGGUCAUAAGGUAUACUUAGUAACCCCACAGGUCUAUCAGGAGUCUGGUGUGUCGAAACCAUUGCAUCGCAAAGGAAGGGGAUUACUUGGAUUGUCCACAUCGCCAUUCCAUCAAAAGGAUGCAAAGCAGCCUAUCAGGAUAUAUCUAAAUUAUGAUGCUGUCGGCCACUCUCCUGACAGAGAUUGCAGAAAUGUUGGCGAUAUUGUGAAGCUAGGGGAGCCCCCUGCUAAUUCUCUCCCUGGUGGCCCAUCUUGUAAUGCACACGGUGAACCUCCAGUUUUCAGUGACUGCUUGUAUAAUUGCACCCAGGAUGAUAUCGCUGGAGAUGACAAACAGCGUCGGCUACGCAAGGCUUUAGGCCAAACAGUCGACUGGUUCAGUAGAGCCCUCGCUGUGGAGCCCGUAAAAGGGAAUUUGAGGUUAAGUGGAUACUCUGCGUGUGGACAAGAUGGAGGUGUACAACUUCCACGUGAUUAUGUUGAAGGUGGUGUUGCUAAUUCAGAUUUAGUUCUGUUGGUAACAACCAGACCAACCACGGGCAACACGCUUGCUUGGGCAGUGGCAUGUGAACGUGAUCAAUGGGGUCGUGCAAUAGCUGGACAUGUUAAUGUUGCUCCUCGCCAUUUAACUGCUGAAGCAGAGACGCUACUUUCUGCCACUCUUAUACAUGAGGUCAUGCACGUACUCGGUUUUGACCCCCAUGCUUUUGCUCACUUUAGGGAUGAGAGGAUGAGAAGGCGUAGCCGGGUCACAGAACAAGCAAUGGAUGAAAAGCUUGGGCGUAUGGUUACCCGUGUUGUGCUUCCACGUGUUCUCAUGCACUCUCGCUUUCAUUAUGGGGCAUUUUCGGAGAAUUUUACUGGCUUGGAGCUGGAAGAUGGGGGUGGACGAGGCACAUCAGGGUCUCACUGGGAAAAAAGGCUACUUAUGAACGAGAUUAUGACUGGUUCAGUUGAUACAAGAUCCGUGGUUUCUAAAAUGACUCUUGCUUUACUGGAAGACAGUGGUUGGUAUAAGGCCAAUUACAGUAUGGCAGACCGUCUUGAUUGGGGCCGCAACCAAGGAACUGAUUUUGUCACUUCCCCUUGCAAUCAAUGGAAGGGGGCUUAUCAUUGCAAUACAACACAAUUUUCAGGCUGUACAUAUAACAGGGAAGCAGAGGGUUAUUGCCCAAUUGUAAGUUAUAGUGGAGACCUCCCUCAAUGGGCUCGCUAUUUUCCACAAGCUAACAAAGGUGGGCAGUCCUCCCUGGCAGAUUACUGUACAUACUUCGUUGCUUAUUCUGAUGGGUCGUGUACUGAUACUAAUAGUACAAGGCCUCCUGAUAAGAUAUUGGGUGAAGUGCGGGGAAGUAAUUCCAGGUGUAUGGCCUCAUCAUUAGUACGUACUGGGUUUCUGCGGGGUUCAAUGAGCCAAGGGAAUGGUUGUUAUCGGCAUAGGUGUGUAAAUAAUUCGUUGGAGGUUGCAGUGGAUGGAAUCUGGAAAGUAUGCCCUGAAGCUGGCGGACCAGUUCAGUUUCCUGGUUUUAAUGGUGAAUUGAUCUGCCCAGCUUAUCACGAACUCUGUAGCACUGGCUUGCCCCCUCUUUCUGGUGGGCAUUGUCCAAAUUCAUGCAACUUCAAUGGGGAUUGCAUUGAUGGGAGGUGCGAUUGUUUUCUAGGGUUCCAUGGGCAUGAUUGUAGUAAACGUUCCUGUCCUGGCAACUGUAACGGUCAUGGAAAGUGCCUGAGGAGUGGUGUAUGUCAAUGUGACGACCGAUACACUGGCAUUGACUGCUCAACUGAAGUUUGUGAUGAACAGUGCAGUCUCCAUGGCGGUGUCUGUGAUAAUGGCAAGUGUGAAUUUCGUUGCUCAGACUAUGCUGGAUAUACAUGCCAGAAUAGUUCCAAGCUUCUGUCCACUCUUUCAGUUUGCCAAGAUGUGCUAGAGAUAGGAAAGUCUGGGCAGCACUGUGCACCAAGUGAACCAAGUGUUCUGCAGCAGCUAGAAGAAGUUGUUGUCAUGCCCAAUUAUCACCGUCUGUUUCCAGGUGGUGCUCGAAAGCUAAUAAAUAAUCUGUUUAACAAACAGUAUGACUGCGAUGCAGCUGCUAAAAAGCUAGCCUGCUGGAUCUCAAUCCAAAAGUGUGACAAGGAUGGAGACAACAGGCUUCGAGUGUGCCACUCGGCUUGUCAAUCCUACAAUAGAGCGUGUGGAGCGUCCCUUGACUGCUCAGACCUAACCCUUUUCAGUGGUGAGACUGAACAUGGAAGCCAAUGCACAGGUUCUGAUGAAACUGCUCAUAUAAAAGGAUUGGCCAUGCAGGGAAGAAGCUCAAAAGCCCUGGAAGCCUUAAAACAAAUGUUUGUAUUGUACAGGUAGCUCGGAAUUUUCUUUUUUGUAGCGUCACAAUUCGGCUUGUAAUUUUAUCCUAGGGUCUAAUUGUAGGAAAGGGCAGCACGUGGUGCACAUGUCUGAGAUGUAGGUCCUUUUUCCCCUCAUUUUUAUUUUUGGCUCAGCCCAACUGCAUUUGAGGAAAGUUGGGCGAGUGUGUUAAUUCUAUAUUUGGGCUUUUGAAGAUGAAAGCCAGUUGUAGAGAAAAAAAUAUUGAACUGUAUGAAAGAGGAAUGGAAGAGAAGAAAAUGAAAUGUAGAAAGAACAGAGGAUGAUAAUUCAGAAUAUGGUAUUCGGCCGAAGGCCUCGACAGGAAAAGAAAGCGCAUUUUGAGCUUUGUCUUUUUA